GAACACGGAAGGAAUACAACAAUGCACCGUCGUGUUCAGAGCUAUCGCAGCCUGACCUCGGACACCACGAUGGUUGUGUAGUUUAUUAAACUUCAAAUCAGAAACAGAAUGCUUUCUGCUUUAUUCAGAGGAGGCACCUUCACUUCCCAGAAGGCAUUGCUUUGGGCCAGUCCUUCACAGAGAUGCUGGAUCUCAUCCCUGGUUGGAACAUCUCAUGGUGGACCUGGUUCACCACAGACCUGCUGGGCUUCAUCACUCAGCCCCUACAGGGAAAGGCACAAUGGACCAGCUGUUUGUUUCAAUAGAACUGAGCCCAAAUGGCACAAGCAGACUCAUACUGCUACUUUUUUAGUGAAGAACCAACACUUCCACACUUCUGCUGUGAGGCUGAAGAAGCGUCCAAAGCCAGAACCUCCUCCCAGAGAGUUGGAUCUGCUGCGCUAUGACAUGAGAGACUUGGGUAAGAGUCCCAAACCGGCGCUGUUCUUGGGACUAGCCGGACUGAUCCCCUUCGUCUCCCCGCCUCUGUUCAUGGGUGUGACUGAGGUCUACGUCCCAGAGCUGGCCUACGCCCAGAUAGCCUAUGGCGCCUCCAUACUCUCUUUCCUGGGUGGAGCUCGGUGGGGAUUCACACUUCCUGAGAGCAGCCCAGCCAAACCGGACUGGAUAAACCUGUCCAACAGUGUGGUUCCGUCUCUGUUGGCUUGGGUGGCCAUGCUGAUGAGCGACAGCAUCCUUCCUGCAGCCACCAUGGUCAUCAUGGGACUUGGAAUCUCACUGCAUUAUGAUCUGUCUCUGCUGCCAACUUACCCCAGCUGGUUCAAAGCCCUGCGCGCCAUUCUGACCAUCGUGGCAUUCUUUUCUAUUCUUGGUACCAUCAUUGUGAAUAACAUUUACCCAGAAAAGAAACUGUUUUGAGAAGACAGUACAGUUAAAAAAACAAUUCAUAAAGUUAGAUGAGGGAUUAUGGCUCCAAUUCUGUUUUAAGUUUGUUAUACGUCAAGAUAAGGACGUACUGAUCGAUCACCACAUGCUUUUAUCUGUUGUCUGAGCUGCCUGUGUGUGUGCAGCUGUUCUCAGUUUGUUUCAGAACUGCUAAGUCUGGUUUCUAAUGCUACCAAGUAGUUAAGUGCCUGUAUCCCUAGUGGCAGGUGUUGUGUACUGAACUAUGUGCAUUUCUGAUACUAAGUAAAGGUGAAAAUUAAAUUAAUGUAAAUUUUUGAGUUUUGCCUGCUAGCAUUUAGUGGCAAGACACGUAAUCAAAAAUAUCAUCCUCUUCCAGAUCAAUUGAUAUUGCAGUCACUAGUAUUAGCAUCACCGCAGAAUUUCAGGGUUGAUGCAUCCCUACUAGCAGAUUGUUUCUGGCCAUAGUCUGCAUUGUUAUUUAGAUUUGAGCAAUUUUAAGAUGAUAUGAAAGAACCAGAACUUAAUUAUUUACACAAGGAUGUGAGAAAUGACCAUAAUUCCUGUUUAUUCAAAUAAAUGCACUUGUAACUUAAAAUCAUGCUGGUUUUGUUUGACUAAGAUGAGUUCAGUUCAACACAUUGACCAAAUUCACAAUUUACUAGAUCAGAAAUUAUCACUUUUUGUCAAUUUUGUUUUGCCAAGGUUAUAAAAUAAAGUUUAUUUGUGAUAUAAAAGGGUAAAAAUCAUUGUAAAACUAUGUAAUUGAGAUAUCUGGAAAAGCAUCUCUCUUUUUAAAUCGAUAAAUUAGCUCAGUUUUUGUCCUUGUAGAUGUUCAGGAUCAGCAGCUCAAGCCACGAGUACUGACAUCACUGGAAAAGAAGUAGAGAUUACUCCAGUUUAGAGCUUAUGUAACACUAGCUUUAGGCAACUGAGGUCAACUGCACAUCAUGAAAUGAGAAAAUGCACGCACUGAAAAAGGCUUGCAUGCCACUGAAGGUUUUUCAUGUAUUCUGAUGAUGUACCAAAGAUUACUACUACCUUAAAGUUACUCAAGUUCAAUUUAUAGUUAAACUAUAAAUGCAAAAAAUGGCUGAAAAAAAUGAACAUCACAUCUCUCGCUUUUGUGUUUAAGUGUUUUUUUUAAUUAAUGUAAACACCAGUCUCUAAUUCACCAAACAUUGAAAAUAAAGGCAGGAAAAAAAUCCAAGAUGGAGAACUCCAUAGAUAUCUGAGGAAAAUGACAUAAGGCACAUAACUUCCUGCCCACCAGCAGUGCUGAAAAGGUGCAAAAUCUCUUGUUAAAAAUGGAACCAACAAACAAUCCUCAGGUGAAACCCACUCCUGAAAUAAUAUACCUCAAACAUAACAGCAGGUGAAUGUAGAAAUACAGUAUUGCACUUAUUUCCUCAGAUUUCAACGUGAAACAGCUCCACCCUCGAAUGACAUCUUACAUAAUGUGUUGAGACUGUUUAAAGUCACAGGAGUUUGACUUUUCUAUUUUUGGUUUGCAGACCUAUGACUGACAGAUCACAGUAGAACACUGAUUCUUUCACCUGUGAAUGCAUUGUGUUUUAUCAGAUGAGAGUUUGGAUGGUAAACUGUAUAAUAAGGUGCUUUUGGUCAAUUAUUACAAAAACAUGUGAAACAUUUCUCUUAAACAGGACCAAUACAUUAAACUUAUGAU